AAUACAGGCAUUCUGUUUUGAGGGAUGAGGUGUUGUCUGAUUCUAGAAUUAUGAAUAAAGCCAAUAAAAACUUUACACUAAAUUAGUUGUAAUUUUGUCUUUUGACAAAUCCUUGGAGCUUGUGUUGCUCAACAGGAAGCCAGGGACUGGCCACAAGAGAAGGAACUCAGCUAGUGGUGUGGGAAGAUGGAAACCAACUUCUCCAUUCCUCUGAAUGAAACUGAGGAGGUGCUCCCUGAGCCUGCUGGCCACACCGUUCUGUGGAUCUUCUCACUGCUAGUCCAUGGAGUCACCUUUGUCUUCGGGGUCCUGGGCAAUGGGCUUGUGAUCUGGGUGGCCGGAUUCCGGAUGACACGCACAGUCAACACCAUCUGUUACCUGAACCUGGCCCUAGCUGACUUCUCUUUCAGUGCCAUCCUACCAUUCCGAAUGGUCUCAGUCGCCAUGAGAGAAAAAUGGCCUUUUGGCUCAUUCCUAUGUAAGUUAGUUCAUGUUAUGAUAGACAUCAACCUGUUUGUCAGUGUCUACCUGAUCACCAUCAUUGCUCUGGACCGCUGUAUUUGUGUCCUGCAUCCAGCCUGGGCCCAGAACCAUCGCACCAUGAGUCUGGCCAAGAGGGUGAUGACGGGACUCUGGAUUCUCACCAUAGUCCUUACCUUACCAAAUUUCAUCUUCUGGACUACAAUAAGUACUACGAAUGGGGACACAUACUGUAUUUUCAACUUUGCAUUCUGGGGUGACACUGCUGUAGAGAGGUUGAACGUGUUCAUUACCAUGGCCAAGGUCUUUCUGAUCCUCCACUUCAUUAGUGGCUUCAGCGUGCCUAUGUCCAUCAUCACAGUCUGCUAUGGGAUCAUCGCUGCCAAAAUUCACAGAAACCACAUGAUUAAAUCCAGCCGUCCCUUACGUGUCUUCGCUGCUGUGGUGGCUUCUUUCUUCAUCUGUUGGUUCCCUUAUGAACUAAAUGGCAUUCUAAUGGCAGUCUGGCUCAAAGAGAUGUUGUUAAAUGGCAAAUACAAAAUCAUUCUUGUCCUGAUUAACCCAACAAGCUCCUUGGCCUUUUUUAACAGCUGCCUCAACCCAAUUCUCUACGUCUUUAUGGGUCGUAACUUCCAAGAAAGACUGAUUCGCUCUUUGCCCACUAGUUUGGAGAGGGCCCUGACUGAGGUCCCUGACUCAGCCCAGACCAGCAACACAGACACCACUUCUGCUUCACCUCCUGAGGAGACGGAGUUACAAGCAAUGUGAGGUCGGGGAUAUUUUUGGGCUCUGUCUCUUUCUACCCUGCGUUAAGCGGAAAAAAAAAAUUCUGACAGUGUUUUUCUUCCUCUUUCAUACCACCACCACCACCACAAUCAUCAACAUAAAGGAAGUCUGUACCAAAUCUGUAGGGGGUUUUCCCCACAACCAAGCAAUAGACACCAGCUGGGUGUCCUACAAUUAAAUUCCAACACUUUCUACCUGGAGCUACUGUCAGAUCCCACAGGUUUAAGGGCUCAUUCCCCAAGUCUGCUCCUCCAGUUGAGACACAAGUCACAAAUCCAGGCUUCUGAAACUUCGGACCAACCAGCUUCAAUCAGGUUUCCCACUACCCCCUCUUUGGGGGUAGAGUGGCUCAUGGAACUCAGAGAAACAUUUAUUUCGGCUUGCUGGUUUAUUAUAAAAGCAAGGUUUAUUAUAAAAGAUACUACAAAGGAUACAGAUGAAGAGGCACAUAGGGCAAGGUACGGGGUUCCAUGCCCUCCCUGAGUGCAUCACCCUCUGGGAACCUCCGUGUGUUCACGUCUCAUGAAGCUCUCCAAAUCCAGUCCUCUUGGGUUUUUAUGGAAGCUUCAUGAUGUCAGCAUUCUUUCCUCCAGUGUAUAGGAUGGGACCCUCUCUGGGGAGGGUCUUAAGACCCACAAUUAGAAAGGCGAGGGAAGAUUAGAGUCCUGCUUUGGGGUAGAUGAAAGGAAAGGAGAGAGAUUCUGUUUCCUGAGGCUUAAUACACCCAACAUUAUAACAAAGGACUGUAGCAAGGGCUAUGGGAGUUCUGAAGCAGCAACCAUGGGCUAAAACCAACAUACAUCUUAAUACCAGAUACCCUAAUCCCAGUCCUAACUUCAUUUAACCUUGGUCACAUUGAGUCAUUCCAGGAUGAGUAGCUCAAGUAUUUCCUCAGGGAAAAUACUUCCGUGCCCCCUGAUUUGAGGGUAAGAAGUAGAUAAUGAGGCCACUGGGGGUGUUAUUUUUUCAUGUCUGGACCUCAGCCUAUAUCCUGAGACUAAGUGGAAGUGGGAAAAGAGUACAAGAGAAGAGACAAAGUGGGGAUAUUUGUAAGGCUUAGAUGAGAUAGUGUUUUUUUAGAAAAAAACUUUCUCUUACCAUUAAGUAAAACGUUUGCCGUAAGCUUUCUGGGGCUUUCUCUUUUUAAAGUCAGACUGUUGAAGGUUUCUUCUAUUCUUAUUUGUUAAGAGUUUUCUUUUAUUGUUUAAAUCAUGAAUGAAUGUUGAAUUUUAUUAAAUGCAGUUUCUGUAAAUAUUAACGUGAUCAUAUUAUUUUUAUUAUUUCAUUUACAUAAUUAUAAAUUAGAUUAAGUUUUCAAUGUUAAGCUACCCUUGCAUUUAUGAAAUAAACCACGCUUGCUCAUGAUGGUUUUUGAACAUUUAUAAUCUGUCUCACAGAUUUGUUUAGAAUUUCUGUAUUUAUGUUUAUGUAGAGAUGGCUCUGUUAUUUCACUUUUCUCUACGUUCUUGUUAGCUUUUACAUAAAACUUACGUUUUC